GGGGAAUAGGUUUACCCCCCUUAUUGAUAUAGGGUUUAUAGUAGCAUUAUGCGCAUGUCUCAUCAAGACUAAGAAUAGGAAGCUCCAGGUGCUUAUGCGUAUGUGGCUUCUUGAAACCUACAUAUAAGGUUACUUUAUAGAUAUGGUAACUACCUCGGUAGGAAGACAUUGACAUCAACACUAGUCUAUCCUACUUGCCUUAUGUCUUCUCUACAUGUAGAUAGUAGCGGAUAGUCUCACAGCCAUUACUAGGUUCGUAUAUCCAUGAAGAUACCUAUCCAUCAUCUUAUAGAUGCUAAUAUCAAAAUGCUACAUACCACGUAACAACAUUUAUAUAAGGCAAAGAUUACACACGGAAGCUGAAGGUUAUCAUAGAUAGUCGUAUUAUGCGAUUAUUAAACUGCCUAAUACAACACACCCGGCGCGCACAAGCUCAAGCCAUACUUAGCGAUCCGCAGAAACAGCACGACAUGGAGGCACCAAAAAUUUUAACCCGGGGGGUGUGCUACUGUGCCAUCUGUGGCGGCCCAUUCGAACCCCCUGAUUUUAUGAAUAAGAAAUCCAAUAUAACUUUUGGCUAUAAUCCGGAAACAGUCAGUAAAAAGCAAGCCUCCUGGAUCACGAAAGUCCGUGUGUUAUUAGAACAGAUUCCCGGUGAUAGAGGGGGAUAUAUAUCUGGAGUGGGAAAAUUCCAGGAUGGCUUUAUUGAGCUCGAUCCCGAAGACGAUGAUAACCGCCCCAUACCUAGCCAGAUCAAUUACGAUUGCUAUAAAACGAAUUUAACGGCGAGACCAUUAGGUGCCAUCCCCUUCCAUUGGCCAUGCUAUGAAAUAUUAGCCAGUGCCCUAUAUCCUAACACGAACAACCCAAUUCAUCAUGUGGACUUAGAUCGGCUUUUCUUGACAAUGUUUUUGCUCACAGAGAAUGGCGUUUCGCUAGCCAUCGAGUCUGGUGCUGAGGAACGACAAAAAGAACAUUAGGAAUGCCGUACAGGCGAAGAGUUUUUCAUUGCAAACCCAGCUCCUUCAGCCGAAUUGACAUUUCGUGUCGGAAAGAUCAUGGCAGGCGUGCGAUUCCCUAAGUCACCUCCAGAUUUUGAUCUUGGAAGCCGAGUGAUAAAUGACCCAUUCAAAAAACUACCAUCCGGUAUCAUCUACUUGAUCUGUCAGCAGCUCCCCGCCACAGAUAUUCCUCUAUUUGCCCAGGCGUCUUAGUGGGUUAAUGCUGUCCUUCGCAAAGGUAACUUCUGGAGGUAUCUUAUCAAAUACGGCAUGCCUUGGUUCAUCGAAAUAGAGGAACUUAUUAAACUAGGCACCUUGCGCCGCGAGAGUUUAUUCAGAGGAAUUUUUUUCUGGGCGUUGGAUGCAAUCCAAGACUACACAGGGCUAACAGGUCCUCUCGUACACGUUGCAAAUCGGCGGCGAAUAUGGGAAGCCUGCGAGGACAUAGCAUUGACCUACUAUAAUAACGACGUCAAACGCGCUAUAAGAACAGGCUGAAUGAUCGAAUAGAAGAGAAUAUCAAAUUUAAGUUAAUAUUAGAAUGCUUCAUUUUGCUCUGGUUCUAUAAAAAGGUAACCUAAGGGGUUCAUUAAUGGAAUAAUACAGAGAUACGUUAAUCAAUUAUGUACAUGUAAUUAACCACGUUAGCACGUGAUCUGAGAGAAUGACUUCAUAGGUAACCCCGGC